AGACGCGCCUGACUUCCACAAGUUGAAAUAGAAGGAGUAGAAGGAACCCAUUCAUCACCAGCAUGAUCUCCACGAUCUCCACCCAGGUGGGCUCACACUUUAACCAGAUCAGACACCCGGCACUGCAGGGGUUAAAGAUCUCCAUUUAUCUGAUAGAGAUAGAUAUGAAAAGUAUCUGUGCAGGAACUGAGUGCUGACUGCAUUGCUGAAUCCCCCAUAGCUGGGGUUACACAGGUUUAACCUGGGUGUGUGUGACUGCUACAUAUUAUAGCACCCAAGUAUUACACCCCAGCAAAUUGUGUUGUUCUAUACAUUGGCGUGCGUAGCCUAUUGUAUAAGGGUGUGCACCCUAAAGCACAAACGCACACGCUGCGUAUAUAUAUAUAUAUAUAUAUAUAUAUAUAUAUAUAUAUAUAUACACACACAUAUACUGCUGUGUGUGUGUGUGUGGGAGCAGUGUGUGUGUGUGUGUGAAGGCGCUGUGUGUGUAAGGGCGCUGUGUAUGUAAGGGCGCUGUGUGUAAGGGCGCUGUGUGUGAAGGCGCUGUGUGUGUGAGGGUUCUGUUAGUGUGUGUGUGUGUGAGGGUGCUGUUAGUGUGUGUGUGUAAGGGUGCUGUGUGUGUGAGGGUGCUGUUAGUGUGUAUGUGUGAUGGUGCUGUGUGUGUAAGGGUGCUAUGUGUGUGAAGGUGCUGUUAGUGUGUGUGUGUAAGGGUGCUGUGUGUGUGUAUGUGUGAAGGUGCUGUGUGUGGGAGGGUGCUGUUAGUCUGUGUGUGUAAGGGUGCUGUGUGUGUGAGGGUGCUGUUAGUGUCUGUGUGUAAGGGUGUGUGUGCUGUGUGUGGGGGGUGCUGUAUGUGGGUGCUGUAUGUUUGGGUGAUUGUGUGUAUUGUGUGGGGGCCGUUUAGUAAAUAUCCCCCCUCCCUUCCUACAUUAUGCCUGGGAGGGGGGAUCCUUUCUGCUGCUUCCAUCCCUGGUGGUCCAGUGGAGAGUGAACUUUAGUCUGCGGGGCUAGAGUUCACUCUCGCGAGAUCUGAGCGCUGCCAUGGCAACGCUCAGAAUCCCGCAAGAGGAGCCCGGCGGAGCUACUGGCAAGAGCUCCCCGGGUCCUCUCCUGCCUCCCUCCCUGCCUGUGGUUCGGUGGGGAGGGAGGCUGAGAGCAGAGCUGGCGCUCGGAUAGCGCCUGCUCUGCAUGAGCCGACAGGGAAGAUCCUGAGAUCUGCCCUGCCGGUCUCAAUACAUAGACAUGCCACGGGGAUUAGGGUGUGCCCAGGCACACCCGGCACACCCCAUGCGCACGCCUAUGGUUCUAUAGUAGUUUUAGACUCCACAGUUGCUGUGCAUUGUGGGUAAUAUAUCUUUCAGCACAUGGUACCAGGGCUGACACUUACAAAGCCAUGUUGUGGGCCCUCCCCUGGCAUACACUCUCAGAGAUGCAUGCACAAACGUACUCAGAGACAGACACACAUUAUCAGAAAUAAGCCCUGAUGUACUCCUUAAUACACACAGAUAUACACUCUAGGCUUCACAUAUGCUUUCACAAACACAAACAUAUGCAUUCACAGGCGCACACACAUAAAAAUGCACACUGCCAGAAUCAAAUAUUCACACACUGUUAUACACUGGUAAACACACACAAAAGCGCAAUGACACACAGAUUCCACACACUUACGAACACGUACAAACACAUAAAUGAAUGCAUAGUUUUACCACAUCAUUUGGGUGCAGGAGGGUGGCUUAUAUCAUCCUGCCUUCUCUCCCCUGACAGAUGUAAUGUGCCACAAAUUGAUACAGCAGAGGUUAGCUACGUCUGCAAAACAUCUGCAGUAAGAUGAAAUGUUAUGAGUCUUCUAAAGCAUUUUGUUUCUGGGGAUCCUGAGUGUUGUGUGUGAGGAAGGCUGAGAGUGGUAUGCGUGGUGACUGGGCGCUGUGUAUGUGGUUGUUGAGUGCUGUGUUAGUGUGGGGGAAUGAGUGUUGUAUGUGCGAGGUGUAGGCCGAGUGUGUUGUGUAAGGUGACUGUUGUUUGUGCGGAUAAUUGUGGCUAUGUGUGGUGACUGGCUGUGAAUAUUGUGUUUCAGAGAGGAGGUUGAGGGUGCUCCAGUUCUGCUUACUUUUUGGCAAAAGGUCAGUUUAAUGCCAGGUGGUCCAGUUUAGGGACACUGCGCAGGAUGCUUGAAGGUCAAGUGGUGGAAUUUUUUUGCUCUCCAUGUUGUCUCAGUUGGACUACCCCUUGGAGUCAGAUCUUACAUACCAGGAACCAAGAACCUAGGCAGCCGUCUAAUGUACAUGAAUGUUUGUAUAUGAAAUAUAGCUGAUUUGUAGAAAUUGUCCAGCUCAGAUAUUGUCACAUCAUGGCAAUUUUAGACUUAAUAUUGCCAUUUGGGUUUUUGCUACCAUUCUAUAGUGAUUCAACCUGAAAGUCAUUCAUAUCUAUGACUAAGGCACAAAAAAGAACAAACUUUUUUUAGUGUAGCAUUUAAAAAUACUAUUCCAGUCAAAAAUUGACAUGUGUUUAAUGUGUUUUAAUUGUAUCCGCUGUCACGCUGAAUGUUUUUAAUCUCCAUGGAACCGCUAAACUCCAAACAUAAAUGUGAACUAAUCCCAAAACAACUGAAACAGCCAAUGGCCUAUUGCUUCGGGAUUAACUAGUUUCCCCCUGGUGGCUUUAUCAGCCAGCGGGCAAAUCGUUAAAUCUGCCCAUUGGGGUCAAUACUUAUUUAUAUAAGGGAGGCUUUAUUCCUGUCCCAUCGAGGCCCCUGCCCUCUGCCGAAGACCUACGUCUAUCCUCUAUCUGAACUCCCACCUCUAAUGCUCGCCUUCAAGACUUCUCCAGUACUGCACCUUUUCUCUGGAACUCCCUUCCCUUCUCCGUUAGACUUUCACUCAGCCUCCACUCCUUCAAAAAAUCUUUGAAAACUCACUUCUUCAGGAAAGCGUAUCAACUAACAGGUUUUCAUCCCACCCCCCCACCCCCAUGUCUCCUCUCCUGCAACUGUCAAAAAUAACCCACUAAGCCCUCAGUGAUUACUUUUCCACUUUGUUACCCUUUGUGUCACUAUACCCCACUGCCUCUAGCUAGUAAGCUCAUUGAGCAUUGCCCUUAAACCCUCUGUUCCUCUGUGCCAACUUGUCUGGUUACAAUUACGUGUCUGUUAGUCCACCCAUUGUACAGUGCCACGGAAUUUGCUGGCGCUAUUCAAAUAAUACAAUAAUAAUAAUAAUAAUUCCUCUUUCUUGUCUUUAACGUCUGCUAAAGAGCAAGCAGCCAGUGGCAUCGGGUGGGGACUUCAAUGUAAAGAAUUGGAGGGGUUGGUCAGACCAAUGUCCACCACCCAUGCUGCCUCCCGAGUGGGAAUUUAAAUAAAUGUUGAACUGGAGGGGGAAGUGUCAAUUAAAUAAUAAAUUGGGGGGCAUAAUGUCCCGCGUAGAGCAGCCACCAGUGGCCAAUGGUAGGGGCCCCCACCAGCAUCCAGCAGUUGGGAAUCUAAUUAAUAGCCUCAAAGUAAUAUUGAUAAAUGGGGAGUAGCAAAUGUCUACUCCCACCAAUAGGCUAUGGGUGGGGUCUUUUAUAUUGGUAACAGGGAACCUAGUGUCCUUCCUCCUAUGUGAGUUAUCUUUCUAACUGUCUCAGCCAAGUUAUAAAAUAUAUUACGGGACCUUUCCGCAUAUUUUUAUUGGUAAAAAUAUAGUGUCAUUUGUGAAAUUAGGUAGGUGUAUGUGUGAGCGUAACGGAAAGUGUAUGUACAUCUCUGCUAUGUUUGAUGGGGAGAUUCCAAGUCUGAAAAAAUAUCCAUCUUGUAUUUACUUAAAGAGGGGGAAUUUAUUUAAAGAUAAAAACAUUUUUGAAAAACAUAACUAAGGUAACAAUAUGUUUUUAUAUUGGUGUUUAGUCGCAAACGUAAACUCUUAUAAUUGCUUUUCUUAAUCUGUUUAUACUUUCUCUGAUUAAAGUCAAUGGAAAUGGCUUUGCUAUUUAUUCAGUUUGCUUUGUUCUUGUUCCAAAAGGCAUUUGUAAUUACUGAUAUAAAACUCUAAUUCCAAUAUUGACACACUUUGUUUUCAUGUAUUGCAUAAAGGAGGAGACUAUAUUUAAAAGAAGAAAAACUACCACAACAAGAGGACAUAGUCUUAAAUUAGAGGGGCAAAGGUUUAAAAAUAAUAUCAGGAAGUAUUACUUUGCUGAGAGGGUAGUGGAUGCAUGGAAUAGCCUUCCAGCUGAAGUGGUAGAGGUUAACACAGUAAAGGAGUUUAAGCAUGCGUGGGAUAGGCAUAAGGCUAUCCUAACUAUAAGAUAAGGCCAGGGACUAAUGAAAGUAUUUAGAAAAUUGGGCAGGCUAGAUGGGCCGAAUGGUUCUUAUCUGCCGUCACAUUCUAUGUUUCUAUGUUUCACAUUCUAUAAGUACAUCUGUCAGUAACUGCAUUAGAGUAGUGGAUACCUCAUAGCUAAAACUGAUUAAUAAACCAAAUAAUAGUGAUAACAAAAUACUGUAUUUGGAAGCUUUCAUAAGGCUCAACAAACAUUCAUAUACUACACGUUCAGUGGUUCUAUAGUACAUGAUUCAUUUUUCAGAACAUUCUACAUCCUUUGCAAGGUUUUCUUACAAAAUUUGAGUAGUAUCCCAAAAUAAUGAAUAUUGCCCUUAAAGUGAAAAUAUUUGUCUGUUUCCAAUUCUGAGUCUGUAGAAAUUGAUAAUUCUUUCACACAGACACAGCAACAUUUUUGUUACCACCAUGUGCAUGUCUAAUGGGUUUAUUCAUUGACAUCAGAGAUACUAAAAAAUAAUCACUGACCGCUAAUCACAAAAUAGCAGCAGGAAAAAAAAGUUGGAAAUUCCCUCAACUGAGCUAUUCUGGCCCAAAAUUUUCUUUGGAAGCCUUUGGUUUCAAAUUAAAGUUGAUUGCAACUCAAGUUAUUCAGUGUGAAAUCCCCUAUAUCUAUUUACAUUGACAUUUUUAGUUUAGUUCAGUUUUUUAUUCUUUUAUUUUAUUUUAAUAAUGAUAUAAUAAAAGGUUUAGCUUUAUUUGAAAUCUUGCAGUUUAUAUAGUGUUUGUUUUGCCUUUGUUAUAUCACAGCUGAAUGGAGAUAUACUGAAGCCAAAGUUUAUGGAGCAACUAUCUUAUCUGAAAGAAAGAAGCAAUUCCGCUACAGACAAGCAGAAAUGUGACCAUUUGUCUAAGUGUUUGCAUUUGUCCUCAACAUUACAAGGUACCAAACAUCCCAGUGUCAGAGACAAAACUCCAACAAGGCCGAAGACAGCAAUGGCUACACUAGGUAAGGCUGCACAGUCAAGGUUAAAAUCCUGAUUCAAUCCUGAUUUCGAAAAAUGUUGUUUCAAAUAUUUUUUGUCUAACUUAAAAUAUAUAAAUACGGGUAUUUAAUAAAGUGAGAAUUCAAAGUAAAUUCAAACUGAAAUUCACAUAUAAGGCCAGAGUAGCUGAAUUGAAAGCAUAGCUGACUUAUCGACCUUAAAAGGUUAUUUUACCCACCAUUACCACUUCAGUAGGGAUGGACAUUACAUUUCUCUGCUCUGAUCUUGUCACAGUUCACUGAUUGUCAUCAUGUGUCUUGUCUGUUGCCAAGUAACCGUAACAUAUACAGCAGAAAAUUUAGGUUGUUAUUUCUGGAGAUCGUCUCUAAACAGGUACCUUUUUACUAGUAAAAUAUAUUUGUUUUUCUAUCUUAAAAAUAUAUCCACUUAUUAUAUAAUUUCAUCAUAUACAGAAAAAUAUAAUAAAUGCUAUUUUAGUAUCGUACCUUAUCUUAUCUUAUCGUACCUGAUUUUUGAGCAGAACAUUUUUUUAUUUUUGUUAUCAUAAGCUGUGCUACAUUUAACAAAGUUUAGUAUAAACAUGGUACAUAUAGUAAAAACUGUUAAACAGUAAAUCACUGUUAAAGAGUGGAUGUGUUAAUUCAUGACAUUUUUUUAAUAGCAGACAGAGAACCAGAAUCUGCGAACAGACUGUAUAUAAACAUGUCACAAUUCAUAAAUUAGAGCAUUUUGCACUUUUUAUCAUCGUUGCUUCAUAUACCAUGUCAACGUUUCUUGAAAAGGAAGCUCUACAAGAAUGAAUUAAUGCAUUUUCUCUACAUAGAAUAAUACAUUUAUGUGAAUAGAUCCCCUGAAGUUGCAUAGAAUGACAGUAUGAACAGAGAUAAAUUGAAUAGGUUUUUAUACAAAAUGUUUAGGCUGGUUUAACAAGCAGGUAUUGAAGCCAUACUAAAGUACAUUGAUGAUUGAAGUAUUACUGUUUGUUUUUACUGAUGAUGAUAAGUAAUUAUAAAAAUAUUUAAAUUGAAUAGCCUACUACAUUGUUUAUUUAUUUUUGUUGAGCACUUUAUAAAGUUAAGAGGAUUGAGUGCUUAAAGGAAAUCUGUCACGGUGUGGGGAGUUUGCAUAAUUUGAUUUGAUAUCGCUGCUGAGGGUCCGGUGGCCUGAGGGGCAGACCAAGGUGAGUUUUAUGUACCUAAACCUGUCCCUCGCAGACUCCGCCAUCCUCUUCCAUCUGCUCUUUUUCAACUCCUGGCUUUCAGUUACCAGGCUCUGACGUCAGGGCUGUACUCUUGCGCAUGCACGAGAGUCCAGCAUCGAGGUCUAUGGAGGAUCCCGUGAGACCACUGGUGAUGGCUAGUGGAAAUAGCAAGGCUUGAUGGCGGUAGUGCCAUCUAGUGUCAAUUUUUGUCAAGCUAAGGAAAAAUACUGAGACAAAGUAUCCCUAGUCUCAGUAUUUCUCUUGACUGGGUUGGAAUUUCAAUGACAUUUUACUGCAGUCAUUCGGAGUUUUUCAUAAAGAUUCAUAAAGAUUCUUGGAGUGAUGUCAGUGCCGCUUUAAACAAUUUAUUUCUUAAAGGAGCACUCUAAACAACAUCACUUCUAAAUCCGGCCCCUUUGCUGUGGUUUGGUUAAUAUGAGAGUGAGCAUCCACAUUGACUGUCCAACCUUGGACAACAGUAAUAGGCUGCAUAAAGUGGGUAUGAGUCAGCCCAGCACAAGCAGUCUAUCAUUGAAGUCCAGUGUUGGACUGAUAAUGUGGAAGUGCCACUGUAGAGGGACAAUAUAGCUGGAGUAACCUGUUUUUUUUUUUUUUGCACCAUAACUCUUACAGUAAGCUGUGGUUUUGGUGCUCAAACUGUCUCUUUAACAUUGCACGUACUGAUUGAAGAAAUUAAUAUUAUGACGUGUAACCAUGUUAUAUUUUCAUGUUCAAUUUCUCUUUAACAUUUUGAUUGCCUUUACCGUCAUCCAGGAGGAAACAUGUGGAACCCAUAUGAAACAUCAGUGAAUCGUGACUACUUUCAUAGAAUUGGCCCACCAACUCAAGCACGACGGUAAAUCCUAAAAUGAACCAUCAAAAAUAACUUUGACUUCUUGACUCAUGUGGAACAAUGUUCUAAAUAUAGAAAGUAGUUGUUCUAAAUAUAUGUUUUGCUUUUCAAGAUAAUAGCUCUUCUUAUAUAGCUUUGCCCCAAAAUUUAAUUUUUUAUAUAACCCACAUUACUUUACAAUGCUGAUCCUUAAGAACUCCUAAUAAUUAGGUUUGUUUUUUAUUAAGGUGUGCUGAACUUGACUUGCUAUGAAAAGUCAUAUCUAUAUAUAUAAUAGCACUAACUGAAAAGAACCAAACAAAGUUUGGUGGUUCUGAUCCAUGACAGGACCACCUGGGAUCUAUAUUUCCCCCUUCCUGGCCCAAGAUAAACAAGGGUUGGGAAUCAACUUUGCUUUUGUUUUUAUAUAAUAAAGUGUUUUUUUAUACCGUGUCCUGUAACCCCCACACACUACAACCACUUUCCACCCAAACACACACACGACAGCCCCUAUAGCCCUGUCACCCUAAGUACGUACUACAACCCCAUCCCUCCCCUAGACAAACAAUAUAGCUUCUGUAAACUGUAGAAACACACUUUAAGUCAUCUCUCUCCUAAGCACACACAACAGCCCCUAUUUGCCACUGGAAACACAUCCUAGAUCGCCUAUUCCUCCUACAAAACACACACUACAGCAACAUUACAGGCACAUGCUAGAGCCGCCUCCACACACAUCCACUACAAUUCAAGCAGCACCUACACUUACUCGCAAAUCCCACAGCAGCCUUUCGAAAACAUACAACCCCACAAGCAGCCUCCAAAUACAAAAACACCACUGGAAACUCUGCACACAAACACCCCUUUUCAGCCCUAUCCCUCUUCUGUUCUCUGUUGUCCCAUUUAUGAGGACAUGAUGGAAAUAUAACCAGCAAGCUUGUCAUUAAAUUUGUUUGCAUUGUGCUGAGAACACACAGGACUUUUUUACUCUUGCAAGAUUUUUCAACAGGGCUUAACACAUGAGAGAGGCACAAAACUGACAUGUCUGAUUGGGAGGGGGUAUAUGUCUUAUUGGUGAUGACACAACAUGUCCCGCUCUGGCCUUAUCCCUCCUGUUGGGCAGAGCCUUUAAAUGCCCCUGAUGUCAACCCAUGAGUGGGGCUAAUGAAAAACCCAAAACGUGUGCUGACAAUACAUAAUUCAUAUAUUUACAUAUACUGGUCUUCACUCCAGUUAGUAAAUGUAGGUAAACAUGUUCAUUAAAUACUUGAAAAUGUAUACAUUAUUGCUGUGCUAUUUUUUUAUAGUCUGAUAUGACUAAGGUGCUGGAUCAUUCCAUUGCCUUGACUACUGUAAUCUGCUUCUCAGUGGUCUUACGUGCUCCCAACUUGCGCCGUUACAGUCCAUAAUGAAUGUGGCAGCGAGGCUCAUCUUCCUGUCCGCCCGCACAUUCCACGCCUCACCUUUCUGUCAGAACCUACAUUGGCUUCCUGUAAGAUAUAGGGCUCAAUUUAAAAUUCUGGUUCUUGCUUUCAAAUCUCUACAUAAUGCUGCUACCACCUAUCUAUCCUCCCUUAUAAACAAGUAGGUCCCGUCUAGGCCCUACGCUCUGAUGAAGACUUACGUCUAUCUUCUGUCCAUACUCCCACCUCUGAUGCUCGCCUUCAAGACUUCUCGUGGGCUGCACCGUUCCUGUGGAACUCACUUCCCUUCUCCGUUAGAUGAUGCUCACCCAGUCUCCACUCCUUCAAAAAAAUCAUUAAAAACCCACUUCUUCAUAAAAGCGUAUCAAUUAAACUGUUAAUAGCUCCCGACUAAUUCCUCUCUUACAACUGUCACUAGUCUAAUACUAUCCUUACCUUUUUGUGUCACUUUACCCCACUCCCUCUAGCAUGUAAGCUCAUUGAGCAGGGCCCUCAACUCCUCUGUUCCCGUGUGUCCAACUUGUCUGGUUACAACUACAUGUCUGUUCGUCCACCCAUUGUAAAGCGCUGCGGAAUUUGACGGCGCUCUAUAAAUAUCAUCAUAAUAAUAAUAAUAGUAAUAAUACAUACAUAAACGAUUAAAACUUAAUUAUAAUCUGCUCACAUCUUUGUCUUACAUCUCUUUAUCCUUCUUAACUGUCCUGUAUGUAAGAUUAACCUGCACAUUGUAUUGUCUUUUUCAGUGAAUCCUUUAUGAAGUAGUCUAGAAUUUCCCUUCUGAUAGCUGCUAUUGUUUUGUUUCACAGCCCCAAAACUUCUAACGGUUACAGGAAUCCAUAUCACUUGACUGAUCCUAUCGGGAUGAGCAUUUACACAGAUGACUUUUGUUUUAAGCCAUAUUCCAAACCUGACCUGAUUAGAACAGCAACAGCUUCAGGGUCCAGAAGCCACAAUCCUAAUCCAAAUAAGGUAACACUUUCAAUGUCUCUAACAUUAAUGCAGUAGAUGUAGUCUGGAUUUGUUGUAGAGUAAAGGGGCACUCCAUGCAUAAGCUUAAAAGUCAGAGAUAGCUAUAAAAAAUAUGUUCAUGUUUCGAAUGUUGACAAAUGCAUGGUUGACACAAUAAAAACAAACCCAAACAUAAAAUAAAACAGCUAAUCUUCAACAUCUUUGUCCCCUCAUGAAAGAGAAAGUGGUGAGAUAGAGGGAUAUAUAUACUGGUACCUUUUCCAUAUACCUCUACUGAGAAUUGCUUAAUUUAACUGAAUUUUUUAUGUAUUUAUAAAGCACCAACAUAUUCUGCAGCGCUGUACAAUUGGGAAAACAAUACAAUAUAAACAGACCGAUAGAAAAGGUAGAUGGCCCUGCCCGUGAGCUUACAAUCUAAAGGUAAAAUAGGGAAAUGAGACAAGAGGUAGCAGAGGAAUUUGCAGGUGAUGGCUGAGAGAAUAAGAGACUUGUGAAACAGAAAACAAUUAAAACUACUUUUUAAGGUUUGUAGAAGCUCCUGACGGUUUAUAGUCACUUGCUUCUGCAGUUCACUGCUUUUUGUUUGUAUUUUAAAUGGAAAAUAUAUACGUAGCUUUCCCACAAAGCUAUUGAAACACCAGGAUUGGCUGAGAAUCCUCCUGCACUUUCUCCUUAAAGAGGACUUUGCUGAAAAAAAGAAUUAUACUCUGUAAACCUCUUGCAAGAGAAGGGCAUCGAGAUCUCAAUAUUUGAAAUAAUUAUCUCUCUAAGGCAUAACAGAUAAAGUAGAAAAGCAGCCAGUGGAGUCCCUUUAAUAAUUUGAAAAGCAGUGUUAUCUUGAAUGAUGGCUCAAGGAUUGCUUAUUUUAUAUUAGUAUUUAUAAUCAAGCCAUGAUUGUCUAUAGUCAGAUCUCUUUCAACAUUGGAAGCUCAUUGACUUGUAUACCAUGUAAAUUCAGAAACCGGAUUUUAUUGCUUGGAGGCUCCCUCGUGAACAAAAACAUAUCCUUUUGGGCACCCACUCAUCGAGCAAGAAGCCCCCCACAGACGAAGAAAUGCAGAGAACAAUGAAAGCGCAGUUUUGCUCAACAUAUAAAGGAGACUAUUUGGGGAUACCGCAGGGUAAGUGGAUGAAUAAAAAAAAAAAGUAAUCAGAAGCCGUCCUUCUAAUAUACCUGAAUGCAUAAUGAACAGAUGGCAUAAAGUAUAAAAUGAAAGAAAAAAUGUACACUGACUUGAAAACAGUGUAAGCAUUAUUGUAUGGAGAUUUGUAACCAUUCCGUUUUAUAUGAUGUAAAUGGUCUUUACAGGCUAUCAAGUGAAAUAUGCUAUAAACCCUCCACCAGACUGGAAAAAGGAGAUACCUCGACCUCUUGAUACGGAGUCAAGAUUUAAUUACCAAGUUCAGCCACAUCCACCAGAACUCAGAGAUUUUACCCACAAAUAUGGAUGCUAUUCAAAUCUGCAUGUUCCUGCUAAGGGAGUUGGUAAGACUGUAGCUUUAAAGUAACAUAUUUUAAUGAGGCUAAUGGAUCCAAACUGAUACAGAUAUCAGUCAUUAUAAUAUAAGGUGUGGUCUGAUAUAUAUACAUACAUAUUACAGUAUUACGAUAAAUUACAGUUAUUCUGCAUACUACAAUAGCAUAAUUUAGAUUCAAUGUUGUAUCUAGAAUGAACAUUGCCAGCCACUGGUUUACCUCAAGAGGUAAUAUUUACAUACAUACAUGCGUGUCUCAAGCUGUUUUUAUAGCCUCAGACAUUAGCAGAAGUAGCUAAAAAGAGAGAUUGGGCGCCGCAUUAAAGACUUUUGGAUUAAACCAUUUGCUAAUGGUUUAACCCUUUGAGCUAAACCACCAAUUAAGUUGUUAUGGUGGCCUGAGGGUCCUUUAAAUAUCUGUGUCAGAACCCAAAAUAGAGUACCAUUCUGUUCAAACAGUCACAUCAUUCACACCCUAGUCAACCGCCCACAGGAAAUUAUUACUGUAGCAGUACUUCCUUCCCUAGAGCAGUGAAGGUAUUUACAAGUGUAAAGUAUAUCACAUUAUAAUUGUAGAUAGGUCAUCGAGAUAAUUAAUACGCAGUCUGCAAAUGACUUGAGACCCCCUCUCAAUGUUUUUUCUUUUGAUUUUCCUUUACGUAUACCUCCUGUAUUUUAAUGAUUAUAACCACUUGCCUUUAUUUAUAUUAUUUAUUCACUUCUUUCCUUGUGCCAGAUCUCAGUAUCUGGGCGCUACUAUUCUGUUCUCCUCUGCCCAUGAUGUCUGCUGUCUGCCCUUCUGUAGGACUGAUUUUACUGAUGCUUCGUGGGUAAAUUUGAUUGGCUACUGAAACAGAAUCUUACUUUAAGCUCAGCACAUUGACUGCUAUACAUAAGGAAAAGUAGUCCUUAAUUUCUUUAUUUAUUUUGUGAAAACCUAAAAAAUAAAAAGACAUUCAGACAAAGGGAGCUGUAUAGCAGCAGAUUAGAUAAAGUUUAUUGUUGGUGAGACACUUGCUUUAAACUAGUGAAAAACAGGUUUUCUACUACUAAGAUUUCACAAAUUCUAUUUGCUUAACCCCUUAAGGACCAAACUUCUGGAAUAAAAGGGAAUCAUGACAUGUCACACGUCAUGUGUCCUUAAGGGGUUAAAGGAUCACUGUGGCACUUUAGCUGCUUCAUCUCAUUGAAGUGGUUAUAGGGUCUGAAGUUCCUGGCACUGUCGAUCAUUAAUUAAUUUACCUCUGUGCUGCAUGGGCUAGUGAGGAAGGCUGUGAUUGGCUGAGAUUGUCAGCUGAUCGUAUUCAGAUUAUCACAGUGCUAUUACAGGUAUUAAUCGUUAUGGCCACAAUGAAGUGUGUAAUCUCUGCCUUAGCCACAUUUCGGUGGAGGCUCGACUGUGGGUAACCAGGAAACCCCAUUCAUUAAACUGGUUAAACACUGAAUAGAAGGGCAGCAACAGUUCUCUCCAGACACUACCCAACUCAAUGAGAUGAAAUGGUUAUAGUGCCUUCAGUGUCUCUUUAAGGAUCCCUAAUGAUUGAUUACUGCUGGAACAUUUACAUGCAGACAUUUUUUCCUUUUCUUUUUUUCUUCUGUUUUUAGAGUAUCUCCAUAGUUUACCAAACCUUGGUAAAUCCUGUGUGUUUUAUGCCCAUAUUGUUUGCCUAUUACGAACAGUUGGGAUUUGUUUUUCAGAUUUGUUUUAUUAUUUUUAUUACGGCAAAAGAGAUGACUCUCUGUCUCGUAUUACAGCAAAUGCUACAACUAGCAUUUUACUACAUUCAUUUACAGUUGCUAGCUGAUGUGUGACUGUUAUACAACACUUCAAACUUAUUAUUUGUUUGUUUGUUUAUUUAUUUCCUGAAAUUCCGAUUUAGUGCCCACUGUGGUUUAUUCCCAUAUCCAAAAUCAAGAGAAUAAAAAGCAGCUGACUACAUACCAGAGACACUUUGGAAAAGAGUAUGUUAAUGUUCUCGCUCUGACAAACUCGUUGGAUCCAGAGGACCUAAAGCUAUACCUGAGAAGUGUCCCAUCUGAAGGUAGUUUUUAUUUUAAAUGUAACAUGUAUUGAAUUUUUUUAAAUAAAAGUAUGUGCGAUGUGUCAUUCAUUAUGAAACCAACACACAAGUCUUAGAAAUUAGUGAAAAGUUAAAAGUACACAAACCCUACAGGCUUAUGGUGCCUGUAAAUUCUUUAUUUAAAAGGUUUUGUAUAGAGAGAGAGAAAACCACACAUCUCAUGACAAUGUACAAAUGGUAAUUACAAGUAAUGUGUACGUCCAGGGCAUCUUGCAGUUCAACAGUGCUUAUAUUACAUUUCUAAAAGUAGUCAUGGUGUUAGACCUGGAAGCUGUGUUCGCGGAGCGCCUUUUUGGUGCCCCUUGUAGGUGGGACUUUGCACCGAUGGUUAUUCAGUCAAGUGGUGCAACCAUCCCAAGUGACUCUGUUGGGGUAGCCUUCCUGGGGACUUUAGGGUGAUGUUUGGGGCCGGGUGCUUUGUAAUCAUGAGUACUCUGUUAAUAAGUGGUGGCUGGUAUGUAACGGGGGAAAGGGAAGUGGAUCAGAGUGGAUGGUCUAUGCAGGCUGGGCACGAUCAGGGUUUUUCCUGGGAUCUCCUGUUUGAAGGGUGGUUUGCUGUGAUCGCAUGUUGGUGCAUUGUCCAGGAGUGUUGUCUGUUGCCUCAGUGCGUUGUGGUCCCUGUGUGGGGCCGUGCCAUGGUCUUGGUUACGCUCAAUUUAUAAGAAGGCAGUGCCUAGGCUAGGGUUAGUGCUUGCGUUAUUCAACGUGCAUAUGUUACUCCGAUUGCCAUCCUCACGGAGGCUGAAAGAGGGAGAAAGUUUUAGAAAGAUAGAGUGGACUGGUUGCCGCCUCCGCCAAUCUUGGUCUCCCCGUCAACCCAGCGUGGGGAGGGGUGGGAUGGGGUUUAAUCACUAUUUUAACGCCCAUUGACGGCAUAGACCGUCAUGCAUUACAAGUGCCAGCAGGAUUAAAUCCCUGCUUGUACUAAGGAGCCCCAGGUAUCCCAUGUCAGCUGGGGCCACAGUUAGUGGCCCCAGACUGACAGAUAAACUGAUUCCGAGCCUGCCCCCGGAUUAAAACAGGAAGCCCCACAUAUCUUGUGAUACUUGAGGGUCCUCUCUGUCAACUGGGGACACCAUAGGAGAACAUGCAUGGUCUGUUAAUCUUCACAAAAAAUAAAUAAAUAUUUUGACUGAGGUUCUUGAAAAAAAUGGUUAAAUGAAAAGUGUUAUAAAUGAUCUUAGUUACAUAGCCCGGGGAUGUACUUUCUACAAAUAUAUACUUUUGUGUAGCAAUUUUGGAUUCUGUGACUACAACAAAAGUUGUAAUCUCAGCAUGAAAAAUGUUGCUAAGUUUUAGCUUUAAAUCUAUAAUUGACACCUUGCAAUGUUUGUUUUAUAACUUAUAAAAUUAACUGAAAUCCUAGAUAUAUUGGGCAUUUUAACAAACAGAGACAAUUAGUGAAUCUAGUUAGUGAGUGAGUUUUCCUUAUUUGCUCUUGUGUAAGAAAUUAUUAAAUGGACAAAUGAGGAAAAUGUUUUUGUUUUUUUUCCAAUUUUUAAAAAUGUUAAUCAUUCAAUAUUUAAUAUUGUUUAUUUAUCAAAUCCCUAUUUCUCCUAUAUAUGUGUAUAUAUAGGAGAAAUAGGGAGAUUAUAUAUAUAUAUAUAUAUAUGAGAAACAACUGUAUCUUGCACUCAGACUUCAACUCCCAGGCACUACCUGGGCUCCAAACAUCCAAAUGGCUGUUAUAGAAGACUGCACUCACGGAUUCCAUAAAAUAUAACUUUUAAUCAGUCUUGGUAAAAGAAAAUCAACGUUUCAGUCCUACUUGAGGACUUUCAUCAGGAUUAUGCUGAUGAAAGUCCUCAAGUAGGACUGAAACGUUGAUUUCUUUUUUUUUAGCAAGACUGAUUAAAAGUUAUAUUUUAUGAAAUCCGUGAGUGCAGCCUUCUAUUUUAUUUAUAUAUAUAUAUACAUAUAUAUAUAUAAAUAGUUUUUUUUUAGUUUUUUUUAAUACAGAUCGUGUCAAAUUUUGGUAGAAUCAAUGUACUGUAUAUCAGAAGUGCCAAAAUGUGCUUACAAAUGUGUUGCAUCUCAAAACUGCCGUGGUCUUUAAAUGAACACUGUACUCACUAGAACUAGAACAAUUGAGAUUGUUAUAGUGCCUACAGUAGAUGCUCCCUUGUAAGUGCUCCCAAAACAUUUUAGUUUAAUAGUUAGAAGGUUUCAAACCAUGCCUCCAAAUCUUCUGAUUAGGAGAGCUGGGACCUAGUUGUAGGUUAUCGACAGCUAACUGCAUUGAUGAAGCUAUUAAGUGAUAGGUGUGUAAUUAACCUAUCACUUCCUAUAGCGUCAUUGCAGUGUGUUGUUUGUAAAUGAAUGUUUAUAUAUAAAUGUUUAUGUCGCGUUAUUGAAAUUUAUAUUAUCAAUUUUUUUUUUUUACUUCCACAGAAAGAAGAAUAUUAGAGCGGUUCCUUAGCCAUUCUGAUUGAGCAAAUCAUCUAACCUUAUAAUAAUAUCAAAACAAAGUGAAAUAACUUUGAUUUCCAGUUGAAUUUAAAUAGGUGUGUGUGUGUUUUGUGGCACUUCUACAGCUGAAAAGUUUUAGAUUUAGGUAGCAUUUUCUACCUCAAUUAAUUAAUUACUGCCUUUGAGCAUUAACAAACUGCAGUUAUAUCAUGAUUUGCUUGUCUACUGGUUCUACAUAAAUGUAGAAAACAACACUUCUAAUUUUACUUAAAUUUGUUUACAUACAAAAAUCAUUAUUAUGAUAAUAAAAAUAUCAUAUUAUUAAUAUCUUAUUCAGUUUUCCAUCCAUCCUAGAAGACAUUUACAAAGCUGUGCACAUUUGUAAAAAAUAUAUAUUCUAUUUUUUCCCCAGCUACAUUGAAUAUUUACAGGUACACACGCAAUUUGGUUUGUGUAAUGUAGCCAGCACAUUUUUCAAACCAAGUGCUUAGACAAUAAAACAAGUAGCCCAAAGAGGUUGUUAAAAGGAUACUCCAGUUACCCAGACCACUUUUGCCCAUUGGAGUGGUGUGGGUGCCAACAUUCACUACCCUUAACCCUGCUAGUGUAGCUAUUGCAGUUUUCAUACAGUGCAAUAUUUACCUUGCAGGGUUAAGUCCUCCUCUAGUGGCUGUCUAUCAGAGGGACUUCCGUGUUCUUGAAAAGUGUGUUAUACGAUGCUGGACGUCCUCACACUAUCUGAGGACCUCUUCGUCGCCGAAAUUCCCAUAGGAAAAGCAUUAUUCAGCGCAUUAGGUCUCCCCCGCCGGCUGACGUCGGUGGGCGAGGAGAGUAGGCAGCGCCUGACCCAGCGCAAAGGGACAUUGGCGCUGGACUCCGGUAAGUCACUGAAGAGAUUUUAACCCCUUCAGCAACU